AAUCAGAUAUAAUAUAACCUAGGAAAUCUUAAAAAUGAAUAUAUUGAAAAGUUUUAUAUUUUUUUAACUGUAGAAAUACAUUGCGACUAGACUUUCUAUAUUAGAGCACAAUGGCUUUGAGUCGAAUGGUAAGGAUAGUAAAUUUAGGUUCAAAAGAAAGUACCUUCUUGCAGCGUCAUGGUCUCAAAUCAGGAAAUGGAAACAUAAGAAACUUUAGAAAUGGUAGGAAAAUCAAUGAUGAACCCAGGAUAAAUCCAGAAAGCUUAGCUACUCCAUUUACCAAUGCGCAUAUCGAUUGCAGUAACUUACGUGUAGCAAGUCUAUUCAGGCCAUUUCUAUUUACAGUAGCAUUUUCAGGAUCAUGUUUUCUUGGGGCUGCUGUUUGGGAAUAUGAAAAUAUGCGAAGUCAUGCCAGAAGGCAGUUACGAAAGCCAAUGAAAUUUUUUAGGAAGAGCAUAGAUCAAGGAAUUAAUUCAACAAAUACCCUCGUCAGAGAUUUUAAAAGUUGGUGGUCUCGGCUGACUGAGGGCGAGCGUAUUUUUGCUCCAAUAUGUCUUCUGAAUGUACUAGUAUUCUUAGCGUGGAGGAUUCCUAGAUUUCAACCAAUGAUGCUAAGAUAUUUUUGUUCCAAUCCAGCUAGUCCGAGUAUCUAUGUGCCUAUGGUAUUAUCAACGUUUAGCCAUUAUUCAGGGUUGCAUCUUUUAGCCAAUAUGUAUGUCCUCCAUAGUUUUUGUACAGGAGCUGUUCACAGUUUAGGAAAAGAACAAUUUUUGGGUUUUUAUUUAACAGCUGGAGUAGUAUCAAGUUUUGCCAGUUAUACAUAUAAAGUGCUGACAAGGCAACCUGGACUUUCAUUAGGGGCGUCUGGAGCUAUAAUGGGAAUCUUAGGCUACGUUUGUACUCAGUAUCCAGACACAAGACUAGGAAUUAUUUUAUUACCUGUGUUCACAUUUUCGGCUGGAGCUGCUAUUAAAUUCAUUGUGGGUCUCGAUACAGCUGGUGUUCUACUAGGAUGGAAAUUCUUUGACCAUGCUGCUCAUUUAGGUGGUGCUGCCUGCGGAAUAUUCUGGGCGAUGUGGGGCAAUCCAAAUAUCUGGCAAAAACGUGAGCCAGUUCUUCAAUAUUGGCAUCAAUUGAGGGGGUCGAUAAAAUGAUAUAAAUUUUAGUUUAGUUAUUUUGAAAUGUGUAAAAAGGAAAUAUUUAAAUAUAAAAUAUACUUAUUAGUAGUUA